AUGGCAGGCAAGAAGACCAAAGGGAGACAGAAGAUUGAGAUGAAGAGGAUUGAGAAAGACGAAGACAGGUUGAUUACUUUCUCAAAACGUAGAUCUGGCAUCUACAAGAAGGCAAGUGAACUUGUCACUCUCACUGGGGCUGAGGUUGGAAUUGUGGUGUUUUCACCAUCGGGUAAGCCAUUCUCAUUUGGCCACCCAUCGAUUGAAGCUGUGGCAAACCGCUUCAUGGGUCUGCAGCCACCGGAAGGUGACGUAACUCACCCCCUGGUGGAGGCUCACCGCAAAGCGAGAAUCGAAGACCUGAGUCAGCUCCACAAUGACCUCCUCAGCGAACUUGAGGCCGAGAAGGAACGAGGGAAAGAGUUGAAGCAGUUGUCUAAUGGGAAAGAAACUCAGGGGUGGUGGGAAACUCCUAUUGAUGAACUUAACGUUGAGGAGCUCCAUCAAAUGCAUGCUUCUUUGGAAGAGUUGCACCUGAGCUUGUACAACGAAAUCUGCCAGAAGACUGGUGGAACUCCGGGGGCCUCAUCUUCUUCGAUGGCUCCUCCACCGAAUACCGGCAAAGCAACAAACCCUUUUUGGGCAAACAAUCCGGAUGAAGCAGGUCCAUCCAGCAGUUCCUUUCCUUAUGGCUAUGGUGGUUUCAAGCCAGGGCAGUUCUAA